AUGGCACUGAAAGCUAAGAAGGAAGCUCCUGCCCCUCCCAAAGCUGAAGCCAAAGCAAAAGCUUUGAAGGCCAAGAAGGCAGUGUUGAAGGGUGUCCACAGUCAUAAAAAGAAGAAGAUUCGCAUAUCAUCUACCUUCCGGAGACCCAAGAUGUUGCGGCUCCUGGGGCAGCCCAGAUAUCCUCAAGAGCACCCCAGGAGAAACAAGCUUGACCACCAUGCCAUCAUUAAGUUCCCCCUGACCACUGAGCCAGCCGUGAAGAAGACUGAAGACAGCAACACACUUGAGUUCAUUGUGGCUGUCAAGGCCAACAAACACCAGAUCAAACAGGCUGUAAAGAAGCUCUAUGACACUGAUGUGGCCAAGGUUCACACCCUGAUCAGACCUGAUGGAGAGAAGAAGGCAUACGCUUGA